AUGAAUUCUCCUCCACAUAAGAGUAGAAUUGACCGUCUCAUCGAACAAGAGAGUGAUAUAAUACGAUCGUUGCAGAACAGCGACAGUGAGACGUUGCAACUUGAUGAUGGUGGGUUGACUUCCCCACUGGGUAAGAAGUUGGAUCUGUUCAGCAGUGAUGAGCUAGAUGAGACUCUGCGGUACAUUCUGGAUAAGGAGCAUGGCGGGCAAGAGGAAGAUGUGGAUGACAAGUUUGUGUCUGCCGAACACGAGGAGAAGACAAGACGGUUCAUGGAGGAACAUGGUGGGUUGCUUACCUCUGAGGAGGUGAUACCGCCUGAGAAUUUCUCACAUGUCGUUGGGGAGAUCUACAGGUCGAGUUUCCCUCGGCCUGAAAACUUCGAUUUCUUGCACACUCGACUCAGGUUGAAAUCGAUCCUUGUGUUGAUCCCAGAGGAGUACCCACAGGAGAAUUUGGAUUUCUUAGAGGGUGCAAAGAUUAAGUUGUUCCAAGUCGGGAUGAGUGGGAACAAAGAACCCUUUGUGAACCUCCCGUCCAAUGUGCUGACGCGAGCGUUGGAGAUUGUCUUGAACCCAGAGAACCAACCUAUUCUCAUACAUUGUAACAGGGGUAAACACAGGACUGGGUGUCUGGUCGGGUGUAUACGAAGGUUACAGAACUGGUCACUGACAAUGAUCUUCGACGAGUAUCGGAGGUUUGCAUUCCCAAAGGCAAGAGCUCUAGACCAGCAGUUCAUAGAGAUGUACGACGAUGAGGAGAUAAAGAGCGUGGCCACCGGGAACAACUGGCUACCUUUGAAUUGGUAG